CUGUCGGCGCGGCGCUUCGUGGUGCUGCUCCUCUUCAGCCUCUACUCGCUGGUGAACGCCUUCCAGUGGAUCCAGUACAGCAUCAUCAGCAAUGUGUUCGAGGGCUUCUACGGCGUGUCGCUGCUGCACAUCGACUGGCUGUCCAUGGUGUACAUGCUGGCCUACGUGCCGCUCAUCUUCCCGGCCACCUGGCUGCUGGACACCCGAGGCCUGCGCCUCACCGCCCUGCUGGGCUCCGGCCUCAACUGCCUGGGCGCCUGGGUCAAGUGCGGCAGCGUGCGGCAGCACCUCUUCUGGGUCACCAUGCUCGGCCAGUGCCUGUGCUCCGUGGCCCAGGUCUUUAUCCUUGGCCUUCCCUCCCGCAUCGCCUCGGUGUGGUUUGGGCCCAGGGAGGUGUCCACAGCCUGUGCCACCGCCGUGCUGGGCAAUCAGCUUGGAACUGCAGUUGGCUUUUUGCUACCACCUGUUUUAGUUCCCAACACACAGAAUAAUACAGAUCUCCUGGCUUAUAAUAUCAGCACCAUGUUUUACGGGACAUCGGGUGUCUCCACACUUUUAUUUAUUUUAACAGCAAUUGGCCACUCCAGCAAGGCUCGGCUGCUGCCACCCGUCCCUGAGUCCUCUCGCCUGGGCCUGUCUCUUGAAGCAGUCAGUCAGAAUCAGCUGCAAGCAGCCAUCACCAGUUUGGAAGAAGCUUGGGAAGCAUUCAAGGAAAAACCCCCAUACCCACCGAGUCAGGCUCAAGCAGCUCUUCAGGACAGUCCCCCAGAGGAGUACUCCUAUAAGAAAUCGAUAAGAAACCUGUUUAAAAACAUUCCUUUCGUCCUUCUGCUGAUCUCUUACGGUAUCAUGACUGGAGCAUUUUAUUCAGUCUCAACAUUAUUAAACCAAAUGAUACUGACAUAUUAUAAGGAUCAGGAGGUGAAUGCAGGAAGGAUUGGGCUCACUCUGGUGGUGGCCGGAAUGCUGGGCUCCAUUCUGUGUGGCUUAUGGCUGGACUACACCAAAACAUAUAAACAGACUACUCUGAUAGUUUACAUUCUGUCUUUUAUUGGAAUGAUUAUAUUUACUUUCACAUUGGACCUGGACUACAUUAUCAUCGUGUUUGUUACUGGAGGGAUACUUGGUUUCUUCAUGACCGGUUACCUCCCGCUGGGGUUUGAAUUCGCCGUGGAAAUCACUUACCCUGAGUCCGAGGGCACUUCGUCUGGUCUUCUUAAUGCUGCUGCCCAGGUUUUUGGAAUUUUGUUCACAUUAGCUCAAGGAAAGCUCAUAACAGAUUAUGGCCCCAGGGCAGGGAACAUUUUCCUCUGCUUGUGGAUGUUUGUGGGCAUCAUUUUAACAGCGUUAAUCAAGUCUGACCUAAGAAGACACAACAUAAAUCUAGGCAUCACAAAUGCUGAAAUUAAAGCUGUGCCCGUUGAAAGCCCCACAGAUCAGAAGCCAAAAGUUGCCACAUUAUCCAUCCAGUCAGAGGCAUCAAUCUGAAGUGGAAGGGAAAGUUACUGUCCCUCGGUCAGUGGAAUGCAGCGUGCUGACUUGUGGGGAGGUGUGAACAGUGAAGCUCACAGUAGAAGUGACAGGGACAGGCGUUUAUUUGAAAAUUACUUAUAAGCUCUAAAUGAACAAUUAUUUUGCUUAAUUAUUUAAGCAGUAUUUUGCUUACAUCAUGUUAACACUCCCACUCAUCUCAUUAGUGUCCCAUUUUCAGUCGUGUAUCGUGCGUGAAAGUAAUCCGCUGACAUUUAUUGUUCAAAGGUAUUUUCUUACUGGAUGUGGUGGUGCACACCUGUAACCCCAGCUGCUUAGGAAACUCUGAGACAAGAGGAUUUAUAAGUUUGAGGCCAGUCUGGGCAACUUAGUGCGGCCCUGUCUCAGAAGAAAGGGGCUAGAGAUGCAGCUUGGCCCUAGGGUCCUCACCUGGUGGGCACGAGGCCCAGGGUUCAAUCCCCCGUGUUCUGGUGUUUUGUUUUGUCUUGCUUUUUUGGUAUGUGCUAUCGAACUCAGGACCUUGAGCCUGCAAGGCAGGUGCAGUGCCACUGAGCUAAACCCCCGGCCCUUUUCUUUUGUUUUUUAGCUGGAUUUUUUUUUUUUUGGGUGCUCGGGCUCGAACUCGGAUCCUUCUGCUUGCACAGCAGGUGGCGGAACCACUGAGCCAAAUCCCCAGCCCACUUUUGUUUUGUUUUUUGAAGAAAGUGGAAGCUUAGACUUUCUACAGUGAUUCUGAGGGGUGUGGUUCUCGUAAGAGUCUGUGCAACUUACAUAGGAAAUAUUCAGUGGGGCCAAGGCGCUCUGCUGUGCUGCCCUCCAGAGUAUGCAGUGUGCACACUCAACAAGCGUGGGCUUCGAGGGCAGCCCUGUUCCUGUACUUCUUGCAUAGUGCUUUGUAGCAGGUCCUGUCGAAGACCACAGAAGCUGUCUGUGUUCAGAGACUACACGCGGCUGGUCAUAGGAUUGUGUCCUAGGUAAGCAAGCAUGCCAGACGCAGGGCACAUUGUCUGGAGUUCUUUUCUGGGACGCCUUCGUAUCGUGGAUAAAUGCUAACACUAUAGUUUUCAGUCCAGCUUGAAACAGAGAAGUUUUAUACCCAGUGGCCUUUUUUACUGCCUUUUAUUCAGUAUGUAACUUUCUAGCAAGAAAAUUCAUGAUAGGUUUUUUAUGGCCAUUUCAUGAUUUCUUACAUCACGCCCUACAGUGUUGCCUCAAAGAUCUGUAACCUCAGAUGGCCUGGGUGUCCCCAUUUAGUGGAGACCUUGAAAUGCUGACUGUCCUGAUUGUGCAGUGUCGUUUGCCUGCCCAUUCUCCUCAGUCUGUCCUUCGGCACUGGCUGGCUGCUCCUCUACCCGCCCCAGAUGCUCCCUGCAUGCUCCGGUUGGGAGAAACAGGGCCAAAUGCCCCUCCACAGUGCCUAGCAUUGCGUUCUGUUUACAGUGAGAAUCUAAAUCUUGUCGAUGUCCUGACUCUAAGCUUAGGUGAAAUAUCUUUACAGUAGUGAUGUUUGCUCCACCAUAAUAUUUACAUUAUGUCCAUGCAACAAACCCAAUCAGGUAAUGAACAUGUUUAUGUGAAUAACAGUUUUGAUUAAAGCAGAGUAUGUAUGCUGAUUUAAAUUGAGACUAUGUUAUCUGUAAUCAAAUGACUAUAAAUUAUAUAGAAUCUGACCCUAGAGAAUGUAUUCUGUUACCAGAAGAACAUAGCUAAGAAUCAAGAACCCUGGUUCCAUGCCCUGGCCGUGUUCCUGUCUCACUGUAACUCUGGACAAGUCAUUUACCCUGUCCAGGCAGGAUUUUCCUAGUCCGUGAAAUGUGUUCACUUUGAUCUCAAAGAUCUUUUUAAAAUGUUAAAUACCAUUCGUUAUAGAGUAGACUAAAUCAGUGUACCACAAGAACUCAAACAGAAAAAAAUUCCCUGGACAGUUGAAUAAACAAUUGUGAUUUUUACUCUUAGAUAGAAGGGAUUUCAGCUCUUUUUAGUUGGUAGCAGAAGCCCAGGCAGAAUAUGCCCAUUCGCCAGCUUCUUUUGAUAUUUACAUCAUGGAUUAAAUUGGCCAGAAAUAUAUUUUAAAGUUCCUCCCAAAUAAUUAUUUUUAUUGUUUAAAAUAAUCACAUGCUUACUGAGUUUCUGAGAUUUUGAACAAAUAAAAAGUUGGAAUAAUUUAUUUCUGAAACAUAUACAUACAUGUUUUGUUUGUCCUUGUUCAAAAGAGAGUAUGAGUGACAAAAAUAUAAAAUGAAUUGGUAAUUGUCUGGUUUUUGUGAAAGUUAUUUAUAAUGUGUCGGACAAGAAUGUCAUGAUUGUAUGUUUAACUUUCAAAAAUAACAUAGGUAAUCAUCACUUGUGUGUAUUUUAAUCAAAGGGUUUUAGGAAAGAAACACUGGAUAUGUUCAGAAGCUAUUACAUUUAUAAAUGUUGCAAAUGUAGCUUUUGUUUUUAUGACAGUGUUAGAAAUAUGUUUUCACAAUGUCUAUAUGUAAAAAUAUGUUUGUGUGUAUUAGCUGGAAGAACGCUUGGGUCUUCUGUCAUUAUUCAUGUGCUAAUUUUUGCUCUUUUUACAGUUUGUCCGUAUGCUUGUUCUUCAUUAUUUCAGACUCAAAAAUAAAUUUAUUUUUUUAAUGUUCA